AAAUUAAAAAAAAAAAUAAACAAUAAAGUAUACCAAAAAUAAUAAAUGUUAUAAAUAAUAUAUUUAUUAAAAAUUAAAUAAUAAUAAAAAAAAACGAAGUAUACUGGACUUAAUAAAAAAAAUUGGAUAAAAAAAUAUUCAUGUAUACAAAAAAUUUACGAGCCACAAUAAUAAUAUUAAUAAAAACUUUUAUAUAAAAAAGACACAAAAAUUAAACUUAUUAUAGGACUCUGAUAAGAGAUAUUAAUUAAUAUAAAUAUUAAUAUUACAAAACUUAAAAAAAAAAUAACUUGAAAAAGGCCGAAAAAUAAAACAAGGCCUUGUUCUAAAUUAGUUGUUUUCUUUAGUAUAAAGUGGCAGAUAUAGACUUUGAAGCCACACCAAGAGCAUUAAUGGCUCAACCUAGGUACGAUGACGGCCUACAUGGCUAUAUGGAAUCCGGUGCAGCAGCAAUGUACGAUCCACACAGCGGGCAUCGGCCUCCGGGAUUGCCGGGCCUACCUCCUCAUCAUUCGCCACACAUGAGUCAUGCCGCCGCCGCUGCAUCCGUUGGCAUGCAUGGCUACCAUGGCACAUCUAGUCAUGUAUCUCCCGCUAAUAAUCAUAUGGGUGCUGUACAACCAGAUGUACACAAACGUGAUAAAGAAGCUAUUUAUGGCCACCCACUAUUUCCUUUACUUGCACUAAUAUUUGAAAAAUGUGAAUUAGCGACAUGUACGCCACGAGAACCAGGUGUUGCCGGAGGCGACGUUUGCUCAUCUGACUCAUUCUCGGAAGAUGUAGCUGUUUUCAGUAAGCAGAUACGACAAGAAAAACCUUACUACACAGCAGAUCCUGAAGUCGAUUCACUUAUGGUACAAGCAAUACAAGUACUAAGGUUUCAUCUGUUAGAACUUGAAAAAGUGCAUGAAUUAUGUGACAACUUCUGUCACCGAUAUAUAUCAUGUUUGAAGGGUAAAAUGCCAAUAGAUUUAGUGAUUGACGAACGGGACACCACCAAACCACCAGAAUUAGCCGGUACAAAUGGCGAAGGCAGAAGUAAUGCCGAUUCAACAUCACACACUGACGGAGCUAGUACACCAGACGUUGUGAGUACCCCCUUCGCGGGAGCACAUGGUCCUAUAUUGGCGAGCUACAAUGCGGUGGUGCACCCAUGUUCGUAGUACGAUUAUGACCUUCUUGCAAAAACGAAGCGGGUGCUCACAAUGCCCUGGGAUAUUAUGGCCAGAACUUCGAUAGAUCGCGCUGAAUAAAAAAAUAAAAUAAAAAUAAAAAAAGUUCAUAUACAAAAAAAAUUCUAUAUAAAAAAAAUCUUUGUCACAAAAAUAUAAAAAAAUAAAAAAUAAUGAAAAUCAAAAAAAUUGUCAAAAAAAAAAAAUGUUCAAGGUUGACAACGCGCCGAAAAUAUAACAAAACCAAAAAAAUAAAAAAAAAAUAAAUAAGAAGAAAAAUUAUACAACACACAAGUUCAUACGUAAAAAUUGGCUGUAAAAUAAAUAAAAAUAGCUUGCUUUCUUUUUAAUUUUUUUCCCGUAAAAAAAACGCCGCAUGGCAAAAAAAACGGGAAAAAAGUUAAAAUUAAACUAACGAUACGUACAAAACGGAUGGAUAAUAGCUCCAACUAGCCAUCAAGCGUCUUCUUCGCCCGAACUAAUCAAAUUUUCUAAAUAAUGAAAGGUGAGAUACACGUGUUCGUUCGCGACACCUCAUCCAAGAUAUGGAAAAAAUUUGUGUUACAAACGGUGAGAGGCAAUUGAGAGUUGUUUUUAAAAAAAAAUAUUUGAAACUUCCUGGAAGUGACAAUUUAACGGCGAGCAAAUUGGUCUCUUAUCCAUCCACACGUACGUCUCGUUAAUAGCUGUGUUAAAAAAAAUUACAAAAAAAAAAAAAAAUAAAUGAGGAGCAAAGUGUAAUAAAAUUAAAAAAAAAAUAUGAAAAAAAGAAAAAAUAGUGAAAAGUGUUCAUGUGCUUGAAACGACAGAGAAAAAUAUGAGCGACGAUAAAAAGAAGUGGAUGAUGAAAGAAAAAUAAACUUCGUUUUUGCAAGAGAGGCCCAUAUAGCUCGCCAAUAGAGAAUCAUUUUAUAUAUUAAUCUUUAACUUUUAUUUUUUAUUUUUUUUUAAACUCUUAAAUUUUUUUUUGAAUGAAACUGCAAUGAUGGUACACGAGAAGAGGAACUUUCCAUCGUUGGGUCAAAAAUUAUUUUUAAAUUAAUUUCAGAUUUUUAAAUAUUUUUUCUUUACAGACCCCCUCACUCGCCAUCAUUGUAGGAAAAAUUCAUGUAGUAAUUUUUUUUUACUUCAUCUGCAUUUUAAAAAAAAUCUUAAAUAAAACUUCAUUGAAAAAAAAUGAUUCUCUAAAAAAAAAAAAAUAAUUCGCCAAAAAAUCUCUCCUCCGCCAAUCGUUUGUACUGUCUGUUUGUAUGUGAAAGAUCAAAAAAUUUUUCAAACCCUAAAUGCAAAGAAACGAUAUACGUAAUUAAUUAAUUGACUGAUUGCUGCUAAUAUUAUUAUAUAUU